ACCAAAAAACUUACAAAAAUAUAAUUUCACCUUUUGUAUGCCGUGAAAGUUAUUUUUGUGUUUUGCCGUUGAAAUUACAUUGAAUUAUUACAUGUAAAUAAAUCGGAAUAAAAAUCUGUUAUUCAAUGGAAUCUUAUGAUAUUUUUGAAUUAGCCCAACUCUUGAGGCAAAACCAAAUUUUUAUCAAUAGUGAGAAGAGGACAUACAGUGAACAAAAGUCACAGUUGUUAGAGAACUUUAACAAUAACUACAAGCUAGCAUGGAUUCUAUCUCAGGAGAGACAAAACUUGUCGGAUUUGAUUGUAGCACGUCCUCAUAUCACCCCGGAUCUUUGCAGUUAUCGUGCAUCGCAAUUACAUUCAUCUAUUUUUAUGGAUGUAUACAAGAUCAAAACAAUCAAGUAUCAACACAUAUGUGGCUUAAUGAAACUACUGAAUUUUCUUCAGAAAUCUCCUUAUCUUUUGGCGCAAUGCUUGUCCAUUGCGGAUAGGAUUAACCAAGUUAUUCCAAGCCAAAACGACAAAAUUGUUCAUGUUAUAUGUGACAGUUUCUACGGAAGUUUGCUCAAUACUAAAGACAUAGAAAUGAUUCUCAGUAUUUUACAGCAACUUAUUCAGCUGCAAAUUGUGAAUCAUGAAACACCGAGGCGUAUGCUGAGACCUUCUUCAUCUUCCUUUGCACGACUCUACGAACGAUUACAUUCCUCCUUAUCAUCAGCAAAGCUAUUUUUACUGGCAAGUUUAUAUGAACCCAUAAUCUCAGUGCUUAUCGAAGAACAUAAAAUGGAAUGCAACCCGAACGAUAAUACGCAGGAUCUCGCAUCAAAUUAUACUAACGAUACAUCUGAAAAGUUAUAUGUAUUGACAAACCGAUUUGUAAAAUCAUUGUCGGAAAAUUGGUUGCUUUUUCCAUCUCCUCUCAGUUGGCUGAUUCAAAAAGUAUGUUUUUCCUUUAAACAAGCUAAUUUUCAAGAAGAAGAAACAUACAUGAUAUUGGUGGACAUGAUAUUUACGAACUUUAUCAUACCAGCGAUUGUGUCGCCUUUCCGAUUUGGCAUAAUUGAUUUGCAAAUUGAUGACGUUGCUCAACACAAUUUGAUGCAAAUCGGACAAACUCUCCAAAAACUGGCAUUGCAUAAAUACCAGGCUGUGGACACAAAAAUGCAUAAAUUAUAUGAACGAUUUGACAAAAAUGCUAUUCCUAAUUUAGUGCAGCAGUUAAUGCCUCAAGAUUACGGGAUAUUUCAUCAAAACCUGUGUGCCUCAUUAUUUUCAGCUGGACAAACUAAUAUACAGCGCGAUAAAUUACUAAUUUCUAGGACCGAACUAAAUUUACUCUUGGAUUUUCUGAGAAUUGUCAUUGAAAACGAUGGAUCUACAAUAAAUUCCAAAAGCAAGAAAGAAUUGGUAACGAUUCUUGAAAAGCUACCAAUAAAAAUCGAUGAGCCAAUCUGCCAAGAAUUAAGGCAUGAAAAUAAUAAUAUUGCAUUAGAAUCGGUUAUUCGAUCUAAACAAGGGUUAAUAGCAUUAGGUAAAACUUCUAAGCCAAAAAUCAACAAACAUGUGACGGAAGAAGUAAUAUCAAGUGACCUGAACGAUUCGGCCUCUAGUUUUAUCAAUGGAAAUGUCACUCGUACUGAAGAACUGGAUGAAGUGCUGGUGUUUCCGAUUAGUCUUGAUUCGGAUCAAACAUCUUUAGAUUUAUUGCCAGAAGCACAAGUUACUGGAAUGAACUCAAACGUUGAUGAUGUUGUAGCAGAAGAUGUAAAGUUAACUGAAAAAAAUGUAGAAGUGCUAAGCCGUUGUAAUGUUGAAGAACCGAUUACUCUCUCUAAUGGAGCGACGAAUGUUUUGCAUAAUAAUAGAGAGAAAAAUACGAGAUUUUCUUUGAGCCGCGAUGACGGAUCAAUCGGCAAUACAUCAGAUAAUUUAGAGGCUCAAAGUGAAGCGCCUAGUAAUCAUUCAGUUACAAGCUCUUUGGAUCUGGAGGAAAACGAUCAAAAUGAUAAUUUGUCAGAUAUGGUUUCAGCAAACGUUUCUGGUAGAGGAACACCAAACAUUUCAGGAAGAGAUACUCCAUCGUCUCAAGUUACAGAAAGUGGCAAUAAUCCUAUGCCACCGCAAAUGGUCAAAAUAAUGAAUAAAAAUCGGUCGGAUAUAGAGGACAAAUUUUGUAAAUUUGAAAUAAAGAAACUACUAGAGGGCGAUGAAACAGUAUCUAUAAUAUCAGACACAUGGAGUACGGACGCUGUCUUAGCCAGUGAUAGUGAAACAAUUGAUGCAAAUGAAAGGAAUUUCGCAACGCCAUUGAUACCAAACAACGUUAUUUUACCGGGUGAUUAUGGAUUGCCUGACCAUUUAAUUUCUAAUUUUCGUGUUGUCAAUUUUGACGAAACUCAAUCUGAGUCAAAUUGGAGCACAGACGUUUUAGGCUCGGAUACAGAAAAACCAAGUGAAGUUGAAUACGAAGUCGCAAAUAAAUCAUUGGAAUUGCCAAGUCCUGAAUCAAUAUUUUAUGAUUCUCAGUCUUCUGUGAGAGAACAAAAAACUUCUAACAAUUUCAUAACCGCAGACCUUUUGGACCUUGCAACAAACGAAAAGAAUUUACAGUUUAAUGAAUCAAUAAAGGCGGAAGAAAGCAAGUGCAAAGAUGAAUCUGGUUUGACAAAUGCUGAUAUGAAAACAUUGGAAGAGAGCUCUGAAGUUAAUAUUAUUAGAAGUGACUCGAACAUUACUAAUCCAUUUUUCAACGAGGACGAGACCUUAAAUGAAUUUAGUGUGCAACAUAGACGAAACGUUACUGUUCAACGGAAUUCAAAUUUCGAUUCACGUAGAAACGGUGUAGUGAACUCUGAGAGUAAACCAUCCGACGGUCUUUUACUAGACUUUAUAAAUAAUUCUAAGCAAGAUGGUACUAAUUCAAACGGAAAAACUUCUCGUUCAUCAAGUGGGGCUAUUCCUAAAAGCAUUAGUUUCGAUUUUACUGCUGACAAAAAUGAUCAAUACUCGCCAAGCAAAAGAGGUGGAAUAUUCAACAAAAUUAAAGGGCUAGCUAACAUGAAGGGCAGAAGGAACCGAUUCAAUGUAGAUCAACAGCAUGUUAAUGAAAAUCAAUUGACGAGGAAUACAGAAAACGAUGAAAAAGCGUUUCUUGUUGAAACUUCAGAUGAUAUACUCGGUAAAUACCGUCGGAAAGUUUCAACUUCAUCUGAUCCUGCAUCUUCUGAGUCUGCUGGUAGCAAUAGUUCCAGUUCCUUAAAAAGUAAAAGUAGUAAAUCAGAUAUUAUGAAGGCAAAUUGCUCGGAGCCAGACUUUGAAAAUGUUCGUCGUAAAAUUAAAAUGGUUUUAAGCAGAUCUAGUGUUCCUUCAACUGAUUUUAAAAGUAAUUGUCGUGUCUCACAAUCUCCCAUGCACACAUACUUACAGAUUCAAAUGGCCGAGGCAACAGAAACUGGAAGUUUGAAAGAAAUAUCGUACACGUUUGAAGCUUUAAGACUUCUUAGUUCUACUAAUUUAUUGACGCAACAUAAAGUUUAUCAACAUCUACAGAGUGAAUUAAUUUCCGGUCAGCGUUACAUUCAAUAUUUGACCAAAUGUCGUCAAAAUCUAUUGCUCUCCAUAGAAAUGGUGGAGAAAAUCAAUAAGAAAAUCGCAAGUGAACGAGAGCUUUGUAUCAAAAAUUUGAUCGACUGUUGUGUUCGAAUGUUUUUGGACAAAAACGAACAAAUUAAUGAGAAUUUCUAUGAUAACAUGUCAAAGCUUUUCGUGGCUGACGAGAAAAUUGAGUUGAUGAAAGAAUUUAUAAAUGCAGUCUUAAUAAAAAUCAGACAAGACGGUAUUCUUCGGGGUGUUCUCUCUGUAAAAGAACUUGAAAUAAAAGACUGCAUUGAAAAACGAAUAAUGCAAAAGGUGUAUAAACAGCUAUUAUUUCCUAAUGAUGAUGCUGAUAAAUUACGAGACAAUUGUUUAUCUGAUCACAUCAAAAAGUUAUCACAAAUUGUUACGCCGACACAUAAAUUAAUAAAAAUACCAAAAGAAUAUCUCAAUGAAGCGCCUUGGUCUUAUGCACAACAACAAUUAUUGUGUAUAACCGCCGGAAAAACGCCAAAAGAAAAAGUGAAAUGUAUUGUGCGUGCAUGCCAUUGUAUAAUGAGCAUGCUCUCAAUGGCAAUCGACAAUCCUUCAGCAGAUGAUUUGACGCCCGUUUUGAUAUUCAUUAUAAUUAAGGCAAAUCCUCCAAAUUUACUUUCAACAAUUCAAUAUAUCAAUUGUUUCAUUGGUGAUAAACUUGAAGGAGAAGAAAACUACUGGUGGACACAGUUUGUAACUGCAGUAGAGUUUAUUAAGUCUAUGGAUUAUUAAAAGUUUGAGUAAAAUUUAAAAUGAAAUACAUCAUUUAAUAUUAUUAUAUAUUACAUA